AUGUCAUCGCCUAAUACUAACGAACUUCAACAGCUUACAAUCUACGAAGGAAUUGAGGGUCCUAAAUCUGAAUACGUAAAGCUUAUCUCAUCGGAUGGUUUCGAAUUUGUCAUCAAGCGUAAAUAUGCAAAUGUCAGUGAAACAAUUAAUGCAAUGUUAUCCGGUCCCGGUCGAUUUGGAAUAAAUGAGGAGAAUACGAUUUUGCUAAGCCAAAUCCCCUCAUAUAUUCUUGAUCAAGUCUGCAAGUAUUUUUCUUUCAAGGAGCAUUACGGAAAUACCAUCAUUGCAAAUCAUAAAUUCCCUAUCUCGCCGGAGGCUAGUUUCGAACUUCUGAUGGCCGCAAACUUCCUUAACUGCUGA